GUAAAAAGGAUGUUUGAGGGAACUGACGCAAAAAAAUAUUCACAUCAGGAAUCCCCACAGCUAUCAACGAUCAGAGACGGAACCUUAAUUAUUCAGCGUUUUUGGCAACAACGACCUUUGCAGGACUCCAGGAAACUUCAUUCUGCACUAAAAAAUAGAAAAUGAGCAAAGUUUUUGUGGUGAUGUUGUCGAUUUUGGCGCUUGGCCGACCCCAAAGCUGCGGUCCUUUGCCAGAUCUCGAGCGCCUCCUCAGCACGGCCAACACCAAGUGGACGACGCCAGGCACCGACCUCACCGUCGUCCCGCCUGAAAUCGAAGACGCCGCAAAACUCCUUCUUGCCUCGGUGCCAAAACAGGAUCAGCCGUUGGUGGCGUCGUGCGUGGUGCGUCGUCUGUUUCCGCACCCCUGGGUGAAGGACGGACGCAGCGUGAGCGCGUUGCUGGCGUUUGGGCAGGCGGCCGGAUCGGCGAGCGCGGUGGCGGCCGUUUGGCAGGAACUGCGCGCAGCGGCCAUCUUGGAUACGAAGCCGUACCUGGCGUUCAGCGUGCACGAGGUCUUGCGUCACAUGCUGCGCUGCUGCGUGCACGCGAUGGUCGACGCCGAGCAGGACGCGUUGUUGACGCUGCUUGCCAACGUUGGCGCCGAACGGGCCCGCCUCCUUGACCUGCUCGUCGCCGACCUGCAGCGCCAACACGACGGCGGCGUCACAAACCAAACCCUGCUCGUCGCCAAGCAGAUCGGCAGGUCACAGGAGGCCGUCGACAUGAUCAUCAACCGACUCGUGCCACAGAUCAAGAGUGGGGCGGUGAGCGUGACGCGGUUGAGCUCGUUGUUGCUGCACCGCUUCGAGAUUUACUGCCAGUCGGCGCUGACGCUGCACUCUGCGCUGGGCGCCGACGCGUCCGUCUGCCAGCGCGUGGCCAUGCGUCUGUCCACGCUGGACGCGUUGCCGUACGUGAAGGAGCACGCGAGCGCCCAGCACUUUGGGACGCACUGCGUCCCGUUGGCCGACGCCGUCGCCCGCGCCUACGACGACGUCCGGGCGUCGGCCAGCGCGGAAACGAUGGGGGCGUGUCUGCGGGGGGCGUGGCUCGAGGCGGUGCGUCUGUCGUUGGCCGACGCCGUCGACACGGCCUACCCGCCCGCGCUCAAGGCCCUCGUUCUGGCGCAGCGUCAACUGAGCGUCGACGCGACGACGCUCGCCUUCUUCCGCUCGCUGGGCGUCACCCGCUGCGCCAGACUGGCCGUCGACGCCCAAGCCACGCGCGAACUCGGCCUCCAAAAUGGCGCCGCCAGCCUUGUCAGACUUGUUCAGGGUAAAGCUAUACUUGCAAACCCUGAGGGUGCUGCGGAGGAUUGCGAUCGGGUGGUUUCAGAGGCGCCAUCUUGGGCGCGACGAUUGGCCGAGCAAAGAUGCUUUUUGGAGGGUGCGUUGCGCCUGACGCUGGACGCGAGGGGCGUCGCCCGCUUCACCAACGCCGACGGCCUCCACCUGCAGCUGCGGCGACCUGAGCAAGCUGAGUUGUCCACCCUGAGAAACUCCCCUGAGCAGCUGUGGUACCUGCAGCCCUCGGAAGACCCACAGCUUUUUGAGCUCUUCGUCUAUGUCAACGACAAGGUCAUCAACCUGCACAGGUUGCCCUUCCACCUGGGCGUCGGCAAUCGCACCCAUUGGCGAAUCUUGUGCACAUAAAGUCUGCUCCGGCUCCACGAUUGUCAUUUGGGCAAAAUGUGGAUUUGGCUUGAGUGUUUCCGGUUUCAGCAGUGAAUUUAUUAAACGAAACGAGAAGAGCUAACCACACCGAGUCUGAAAAAUGGUGAACUGUG